AUGAGAUCGCACCGGCCGCAAUGUCUUUUUCGCUUCCGAAUCAAUGUCGCGCAAGCUAGAACUCCUCUCCGACGAAACCUUUCCACACCUCAAGCUUCCCCGACACCUCCCACGCCAACUCCGAAAGAUUUCCGGUCUCGAUUACUCCGAUUCAAUGACAAGCUACCUCGCUUUCUCCGCGGUUACACAACACCUUUACUAGGAGGUCCAAUAACGCAUAUUACGUCUUUUCUGAUCCUGCACGAAAUCACCGCCAUUGUCCCAUUGUUUGGCCUAGUCGCGGCGUUUCAUUACGGCAAUUGGAUGCCAAACCUGGCAUCAGACUCUGGAGAAAGGAAUGCAUUUGACGAAGGCGCUGCCCGGUUUGGGCGAUGGUUGAGGAAAAAGGGCUGGGUUGAGGAGUCGGAUGUCCAGGACGUCGCGGAUCAUGAAGUCACAGCGUCUGAAGGCUACAACACCAGAGGGAGGGCAGGUGUGCGGCUAGUGCUCGAGUUUGCGACGGCCUAUGCUAUUACAAAAGCUUUGUUGCCCAUCCGCAUAGCGGGAAGUAUUUGGGCGACACCGUGGUUUGCAAGGGUCGUUGUCAAGCCCACAACCCAGGUUGCAAGGCGGUUGUUUAGGCGUAGUUAA